AGAAAAAAUUUUUUAACAUUGAAGAGAAGUAUUUUGUAGAUUUGCCAAUGAAUAUGUUUUUUGAUAUAGAAGCAUACGAAGAUGAAUUGAAAGCUAACCAAGAGUUCAGAACUGAUACGAAAAUAUACAUGCAACAACUCAUUGAAGAAGAUUAUUCAUUACCAAAUUGUACACGAAAAAUCUUGAGGGCAUUUUUUACUCAAAAAAUAGCAAUGAAACUGACAUUAACAAGAAAAAGAAAUAAAAAAAUUGUGAUGUCAGAUGACUUGCCUCAUUUAAAAGGCUGUAUUUUGGAUGUAUUAAGCAAAAAAUUUAAAAGUUUGAGUAAUAUCAAAGACCGAUGUUUAACUAUAUUGAGCCAGUGCCUUACACGAGCCUCAGACUGGGACAAUCAUCGCAGAGAAGAAAAAAAAAAAAAUAAUGGAAAAUCUUUGGCGGAUUAUGUUGCUGAGGAACUAAGGGAAGAGGACAUUUAG